ACUACUGACCAAUCGCUGCGUGGAAGAGGCGUUUCCUUUGCUAUUUAUUCUACUGUUGAGGAGCAGCCUGGGCUCGUCUGACGCAGAUCACUUCUCUCCGGUCAGUUCUCAAGGAGUCAUCAAGGAUUUGCUUAUAGAAAUGGCGAACAACGUCCCACGUGAGCCGGAGCAGCUUCGCAAGCUGUUCAUUGGAGGUUUGAGCUUCGAGACCACAGAUGAAAGCCUGCGGGCUCACUUUGAGCAAUGGGGGGGUCUUACAGAUUGUGUGGUCAUGAGGGAUCCCAACACCAAGAGAUCCAGGGGCUUUGGAUUUGUCACAUACUCGUCAGUUGAUGAAGUUGAUGCUGCCAUGUCUGCCCGCCCUCAUAAAGUUGAUGGGAGAGUUGUUGAACCUAAACGAGCCGUUUCCAGGGAGGACUCAAACAGGCCAGGUGCCCAUGUUACAGUGAAAAAGAUCUUUGUUGGGGGCAUCAAGGAGGAUACAGAGGAGUCGCACCUGCGAGACUACUUCACACAAUUUGGCAAGAUUGAGGUCAUUGACAUCAUGACUGACCGUAAUACAGGAAAGAAGAGGGGCUUUGCCUUUGUGACCUUUGAUGAUCACGAUUCAGUCGACAGGAUUGUCAUCCAGAAAUAUCACACAAUCAACUCCCACAACUGUGAAGUCAGGAAGGCCCUCACAAGACAGGAAAUGCAGACUGCAGGAAUGGGAAUGAGAGGCCGCAACACUGGUGGAAGGCCCUAUGACUGCGACAGAUUCAGCCAGGGUGGCAGAGGCAGAUAUGAUGAUGGUCCUUACAAUUGCAAUGGGGGUGGUGGCUAUGGAGGUGGUCCUGGCGGUCCUGGUGGAUACAAUAAUGGCGGUGGUGGCGGCGGCAACCGAGGGUAUAACCAGGGUGGCUACAACCAGGGUGGUGGAGGCGGCGGAGGCUAUGGUGGAAAUGGCUAUGAUGCCAACGGCUAUGGCAACUGUGGUGGUGGUGGCGGCGGCGGUGGCAAUAACUACAACAACAUGGGCCACUACGAUCCACAGGCCUCCAACUUUGGCCCAAUGAAGAACAACUAUGGUGGUGGCGGCGGCGGCGGUGUUGGAAGGAACUUUGGUGGCGGCUACGGAGGUGGCUCCAACAGUGGUGGAUAUGGCCGUCAAGCACGGUUUUGAAAUGUGAAUUGGACUGAGUACUUAGGAGAGGAGAGCAAGGAGAGGAGAGCAAGCGAAGUGACAGGGCAGCUGCAGGUUUACCUCCUAAAUCUGCUCAGCCAAACAGUUGUGGCAGGUUACAGCUGCUGCAAGAAGAGAUGUACAGUAGAUAAAUCAUGGAGGGUCUUCAUUUAAAAGUUUUGUGUUUUUUCAUCUAAAUGUAUUUCUGGAAAGCAAGCAUUCCAAUGAGGUUUUUAUGUAGUUUUUUUUUUUCCUGGUUUUUAUUUGUAACUGCAACCAAUCAAGCUGAAAUAAACCAUCUUUCAGUUUUUUUAAAGUC